GCAGCCAGUGGGAAUAUUAGGAUUAAAAACAAGAGGAGGCUUGGGGACUUUGGACACAGCCUCUCCCCUUCAAACCAUUUCAAGUAUAGCCACAGAAUAAGAUAAACGUAACUGGAUAAUCUAUUAAAUUUUCUUCUGAAAGUACAAGCAGACCCAGCAGAGAGAUAUAAUUAGAUCCCAGAAACUAAAGAAGAAAUGAAUUGGUGCACCGUGUUAUGCAUGUGGCUUUCAGCGCUUGCUGCAGGAGCAGUAAUGUUGUAUGUUUCUUUGAAGUUCCUGUCUCCAUAUUUUUGGGAAGACCUGAAUUACUUCAUGAGGCAGAUCAGAUUUAAAAUGAGGAUAACAAGGAGGGCAAGUAAGGGAAUCUGCUCACUGACUGAUCUUUUUAUGCUACAAGUACAAAAGACUCCAAAUAAGCCAUUCAUCAUCUAUGAAGGGAAUGUCCACACUUACCAGGAUGUGGACAGAAGAAGUAACAAGGUAGCUCAGGUCUUCCUGCGCCAGGAGGCUCUGAAAAAGGGAGACACCAUAGCCCUCCUGAUGAGCAACGAGCCUGACUUCAUCCAUGUGUGGUUUGGACUGGCUAAACUGGGCUUUGUGGUAACUUUCCUCAACUUCAACCUCCACUCCAGGUCCCUCCUGCACUGUGUUAACAACUCUGCUGCAAGAGCAUUAGUGAUAGGAGCAGACUGUUUGGGCUGCCUGGAGGAAGAUUUUAUUUUUCAGCUCCUGAAAAACAACAUUGGGAUCUGGCUGAUGAGCAAGAGUUCUUCUUUCCAACAUGUUGACACUUUACUAGACAAACUAGAUAACGUUUCUGAUAAUCCUGUUCCACCUCACCUUACAGAUCAAACUAGAAUGACCAACACAGCUCUGUAUAUUUUCACAUCAGGGAGUACAGGUUUUCCAAAAGCUGCUGUCAUCAGUCAUCUUAAAGCACUAACUAGCUGUCUAUUACUUGCUCGGUGCGGUGCAGCUUCUCAAGACAUUAUGUAUAUCACUCUUCCCUUGUACCACAUAAGUGCUUCGAUCAUUGGUAUUGGUGGAUGCAUUGAAUUAGGAGCAACUUGUGUUCUGAAGAAGAAAUUUUCUGCCAGCCAGUUUUGGAGUGACUGUACAAAAUACAAUGUAACACUGUUCCUAUACAUAGGGGAAAUUUGUCGUUACCUUUGUCACCAGCCCAAAAAUGAAGGUGAAAGAGACCACCGAGUGCGCAUUGCUUUAGGAAAUGGCCUAAGACCUGCAGUCUGGGAAGAAUUUCUGAUGAGAUUUGGCCCUAUUAGAAUAUUUGAAUUCUAUGGCUCCACAGAAGGAAACAUUGGUUUUUUCAACUAUGUCAAUAAAAUAGGUGCUGUGGGCCGUGCUAGCAUCUUCUCGAAGUUCCUCCAUUCUUUUGAACUGCUUAAAUAUGAUGUCUGGAAAGAGGAACCUGUGAAGGACAAACAUGGGUGGUGUGUAAAAACACUCAAAGGUGAAGCAGGUCUUUUGGUUGGCCAAGUGUCUCAAUCAGCACCGUUUGCUGGGUAUGCUGGAAAUCAAGAAGCCUCAGAAAGGAAAUUGUUACGAGAUGUAUUUGUGAAAGGAGAUGUAUACUUUAACACUGGGGAUCUCUUGCUGAUAGACCAGGAUGGCUUUGUCUACUUCACUGACAGAAUGGGAGACACUUUCAGAUGGAAGGGAGAAAAUGUUGCCACUCUAGAAGUCUCUGAAGUCAUUGGUAUGUUGGACUUUGUUCAAGAGGCCAAUGUAUAUGGAGUGAGUGUAAAAGGUUAUGAAGGAAGGAUAGGGAUGGUAGCUAUAGUUCUUAUUUCUGACCAACAGUUUGAUGGAAAGAGACUUUAUGAACACGUCAUGGACUUCCUACCAAGAUAUGCCCAGCCACGGUUUGUGAGAAUCAUGGAGGUUAUGAAAACUACUACAACUUUCAAGCAUCAGAAAGGACAUCUCGUGAAUGAAGGAUUUAAUCCAGAAAUUAUAUGUGAUCCUCUCUAUUUCUUGGAUGAGCAUGUGAAAUCCUAUAUUCCUUUGACGAAAGAGAUCUACAGAAGGGUAAUUACUGGUCAAAUACAAUUGUAAAAGGUGCACCCAUAAUAUUUUGCAAGAUAUAGAAUACUUUUUCUAUAGACAGACAGAAUCAAAAUAAUAAGGCAUUUAAAAAGCCUGUUAAAUUAAGUUCAACAGCGGCAUAAAAAUGAAAUUUCGCAGUUAGUGAUGGAAUUUGUUCCUCAAGUUAUACUUUAACACAAUUGCUUCAUGGACUGUUAGUACUACACUAUGUCUGUUCAAGCUAUUAGUUUUCACUGCCCAGGUACCUUAAUUUUUAUCUGAUAUUUCUCAAGGAUUCAAUGCCUAUUUUUGUAUUACCGAUCAGUGGUUUUUGACCUAAAUGAGCAAAGUUCUCUCUGUGUCCAUUAAUGUUGUUUUUUGCUUCUAGAAUUCUAAUAAGAAUCCUUUAUCGUGUUUUCAUUUUUUAUAACAUUUUAUGCAGCUAUUGUUGGAGAAGAUUAUAAGUCACAAACAAAAGCAUAACACUCUGCACUAAUGAUGGUCCAGAAUAAACACAUCAGACAAAUACCUGCUAAACAAGAUGUUAUGUAAAUUUAAUUGUGAUACCAUUGUCUAUGGAAUAAUCUUACUUCGUUUCAAUAGAAAUAAAUAUAGAAUACCACCAUGUUA